CAUAAAUAGUAGCAUUUUGGUUUUGGCGGCGCUAAGGCGAUUUCUUCUAUCCGUUAAAAUUAUUCCGGCUUUAGAGAACAGCUGUUCGCAAAACACAGAUGUCGCGAUUGCACUAAGGCGUUCUUGUACCACUAUUGCUAAUAGUGGGAACAAACAUUUAUUUUCACUCCACCAUUCUAGUCGAUCUUCCUUUCGAGGGAGAAAGUCGCAAUUACAGUGGCGACAAUGGUAGUCAGGUUUUCUAUUGGUUAAGGCCUUCACGUAAUUAAAUUCGCCAUUUUGGUGCAGAAAUUAUGUUAUUCACUAUGCAGACUAUGAAGCUACAGUGGCGACAAUAGGGCCAAAGCUCCUCCCAUUCGCCAUUAUGGGUCGAAUCAACUUGGCACCAACAUAUUUUGCAUUGAUCUGGAUGGCUCAAGUCUAAUUUGAAAUAAUUGCCAUAAUAUAAAACAUUUUGCGAUUAAAUUAGUAUCCAGGUUUAAACAUAAGUUUGUCUAUAUAAAAUGCUUUUCUUUGAGAGUUAAGUCAGCUGAAUCGAGAUGCAAUUCAGCACGUAAUUAGAAUUGUUCUCAGCAAUGGAAAUUUAGGUUAGGUUUAGAUUCGUUCCUCGUUAUAAAUCAAACGUUUGUUUUCAAGCGAGCGUAAAAUAGACCCACUUGUAACCAUAAUUGGGUAAUGUUUAUUGUCUAGGUCCCAGGUAUUAAAACACACACAACAAACAUUAUAAGACAUUAUUUGGCUUUAUUCAAUAAAAACAUACACAUAAUUAUUUUCUAUUUCAUAUUUUCUAACGCUUGACGCGAACAGUUGACUACAAAUAAGCACACGAUUUGCAAAUGUAACAUAAUCGAAAUUUGUAUGAGAAACACAUUACACAUUUUAUUUUAUCGAUUCUCAUUGAUAAAUGGCGGGUUGUUCUGCCAUUGGAUGCACUAACUCUUCAGAAAAGGGAUUUCUUAUGAGGCGUUUUCCUAAAGAUCUUCAGCGUAGGAGACAAUGGGGGAUUAAAAUGAAACGAGCUAAUUGGGUGCCAACAGAUUCAUCAAAGAUAUGUGAGAUACAUUUUGAAGCAGAAAUGUGGGAAAAAACUAGAGUUGAUGGGUCCAGAAAGUUAAAAAGAAAUGCCGUGCCUACUAUUUUUCCUUUCACAAAGCCGAAGAAAAUCAGAAAAGCUCCUACUCUAAGAACUACACCGACCCGAGAGGCAGACCAGCAUACAACCCGUACUACUUCACCCUGCUGCAGUACAAACAUCCAAGAACUAAAUAAGAUUGAAUCGGAAUCUGAAUGUGACGAUCUGCUAGAAUUUACGCCGGUGACUGUCGAAAAGGAAUUAGCGCCGUCCUCGAGUGAAGAAUCUGUGGUCAGAAAAAUCGUCCCCCAAAAUUUUGCCUUAAACAUCACAUGCCCAAGUGAGGCUAUUAAAAAAGAAAACACCGGUUGCACCGAUACGGAUAUAGAACAGCCUCAGGAUAUUGCGAGAACAUCAGAAGAGAAGCCCAAUAAAGAAGAGGACGAUGAAUUUGAUUGCUUUGGCAAGUCUGUAGCUUGUCAAUUAAAGAAGCUUCCAGAAUCAGCGGCUUUGAAAUCGAUAGCCUACAUUCAGUCGUAUCUAGUGCAGCAGCGAUUGGCACAAUUGAGCAGCAAAUAAGACUAUAUUCAUUCCCAUCUUCAGAGAUUUUACACCUUCUUGUGCCUCAUCGGGUGGUCAGGAUUCUCAAAAUCAAACAUUUCUAACUGUUAGAGUGAGGGAGGUUUACUGUCACAGACUAUGAAUGCUUGACUUUAUGAUUAAAUUUAAGAGAACGUGGUUAGUAGUGUUUGAAAUAUAUUACAUAUUAAGUACGGA